AUGGCUCCUGUUAUGCGUAAUAUGCUUCACUCUAAUGCUAAAAAAGCACUAUAUUAUGGUUUAGCUACUGCAUUUGCAUCAACAGUAGUAUGCUACUUCACAUAUGUAAAACCAAGACAAACUAAGUAUGAAGAAUUUUUUGCUAACUAUGAUCCAUACAAACGUAUGCGUGAAAUUUGUGAAACUGGAAAAGGUUAUUUACAUACAUGCCCACAAGAACUUGCUAAGUUAUAUGAAGAAAAAGGAAUACCUAUUGGAUCAAAACUUGAAGCUACCGUUGGGGAAAGUGACGUUGCUUUUGAAAAUGUUACUGCUGAAUAA